GCGUUUUUUCAGAGGUAGGAUCAACUUCAAUUGAAAAAGAAAAUGUCUGGACGCGGAAAGACCGGCGGCAAGGCCAGAGCUAAGGCAAAGACCCGCUCAUCCCGUGCGGGGCUCCAGUUCCCAGUGGGCCGUGUUCACAGGCUGCUGAGGAAAGGAAACUACGCCGAGCGCGUCGGCGCCGGAGCUCCAGUCUAUCUGGCGGCGGUGCUCGAGUAUCUGACCGCUGAGAUCCUGGAGCUGGCUGGAAACGCUGCCCGCGAUAACAAGAAGACCAGGAUCAUCCCCCGUCACCUGCAGCUGGCCGUCCGCAACGACGAGGAGCUCAACAAGCUGCUUGGUGGAGUCACCAUCGCUCAGGGUGGUGUUCUCCCCAACAUCCAGGCUGUCCUGCUCCCCAAGAAAACCGAGAAAGCAGCCAAGGCCAAGUAAACCGUUACAGCUUCAAAACUACAAACCCAACGGCUCUUUUAAGAGCCACCCACAUCUAUCUGAAGAGUCAAAUUCUGAAAGUACUUUAAAGUAUAUUUUAAGUGUGAAUUAAAAUUUGAUGAAGUAAGCAUGAAUCAUUGAGAAAAUUUUACUUCAGAUAUUCUUUAUAAAGAAAACUACGAGUGUAAUGUCCGAAAAGAAUGUGUGGGUGACCAAAUUUCUGUUUAUAAAAGCAGCACACAUUAUGGGGAAGCCAGUAAAGACUUCAGUUCAGAUGCAUGUACAUAUAAAAGAGGAAAAUGGAUCACUUGGGGUGUGGGGUUCUGAAUUAUUCUUUACCUUGACAGGUUAAUGUAAUGUGAAAGCCUUUAGGGCAUAAAGGUUUGCUAUACUUCCCGCCUGUGGUUUGGGUCAAUAAACUCUUACUUUUGCAAAACAAAA